AUGGCAGAAGUUAAUGGAUCAACACCCAAGAAAUACCAUGAUGAACCACUUCCGGAAAAUUACCCGAGCAUGGUUCAGAAAUACACCUCCUACAGGUGGCGCCUCGGGUACCUGGUGACCCUUGGUAUCGUUUCUGUCCAGUGCAUGAAGAACUGUAUGUCAUUCGCUAUAGUAUGCAUGACAAGGGGAGUAACUCUUGACAAGGGAGAGCACUCCAACCUAAGCGAUGCUGGCGCCAACGACACAGCAGCGUUCUCAGACUCGGGAAGCAGCGGAUGGCCAAAUUAUUCAAGAGCGGGAGAGGUGACCACGGCAGAAUUUGACUUCAGCAGCGAGAUGGAAGGUCUUCUCAUAUCGUCAACUUACUACGUUGGUGUUAUUUCGCCAAUAUUUGGCAGCCUGGCUUCCCGAAGAUUUGGUGCCAAGAGGGUUAUGCUUGCAAGUCUUGUGUUGGGUGGUGUCGCGACGAUUGCCAUUCCGGUAGCAGCGAGAAGCCAUGUGUACCUGGCUAUCUUGUGCCGUGUGGCUCUCGGAUUUGCAGUUAACAGCGUGUUGCCAGUGUCAGUCGAUGUUUGGCUGUACUGGGCUCCAAUACAAGAGAAGGCACAGCUGAUCACCUAUACUUUUACUGGAUACAACAUAGCAAACAUAGUGACGUUCUUCAUCUGUGGAUACCUCUGCCUCAUCCCAAUUGACAAUGGUUGGCCCUUCAUCUUCUACGUGUUUGGUGAGAGGGUUCAGUUUCAGAAAAGAUAA